AUGAGUUUCCUGAAGUGGGUUUCUCUAGUUCUCGCGUUUGUUCUAUCUACAUAUGUUCAUCAAUCAUCUGCUUCAUUCAGCCCUGUGGAUCGCUACUUAAUCGCUUGUGGUUCUUCCCAAAACGUGACUUUUCUUGGUCAGACUUAUGUUCCUGAUUCAGACGAAUCAUCAAUGAUCACUCUGAAUAGCCACCCGAAUUCAAACACAAUCCAUUCCAAUUCCACCGUUCCAUUACCCAUCCACCAAUCGGCCCGAUUGUUCACCACCACAUCCUCUUACAAGUUCGACAUCAAGAAACAGGGUCGGCAUUGGGUCCGUCUAUACUUUUACCCAAUUCCAUCUCACAACCUCACAUCGUCUUCGUUCAGUGUAGUCACCCAAAACUUCGUGCUCUUAAACAAUUACAGUUUCAAAAGCUACAAUGGUUCUAGUCAUCUCUUUAGAGAAUAUUCGAUCAACGUGACUUCCGAUACAUUGCUUCUCAACUUCGUUCCUUCAAACAACUCAGUCGCAUUCAUCAAUGCAAUUGAAGUUAUCUCCAUCCCUGACAAUAUGAUCCCCGACGAGGCUACAUUCGUGUUCCCAUCUGCCACAAUUAGCGGUCUAUCAGAUCGCGCCUUUGAAACUGUGCAUCGUUUGAAUAUGGGUGGCCCGAAAUUAACUCCUCAAAAUGAUACAUUAGGAAGAACAUGGGAAAACGAUAACAAGUAUCUCCAUGUGAAUGGUUCUGCUGCAAAUGUCUCGAUCAUCCCAUCGAUGAUAAAAUACACCGAAAGUGUCACACCAGAAAUUGCACCCAAUUGGGUGUACGCAACUGCUCAAACAAUGGGAGAUGCCAACGUCGCCAAUUUGGAUUUCAACAUCACUUGGGUUCUUCCUGUGGAUCCAGAUUUCACUUACUUUGUGCGUUUACAUUUUUGCGAUAUUGUGAGCACCUCUCUGAAUACCCUCGUGUUCAAUUUGUAUAUAAAUUCCGAGACUGCUUUUGCUGACCUUGAUUUAUCGAGCUUAACUGGUAACCUCGAUGUCCCUGCUUACAAAGAUUUUAUAUGCAAUUCGUCUGGUGACCAGAGUACUCUGACUAUUAGCAUUGGACCGGAUCUAGUUGCUGAAGAUGUAAAUGUGCUUUUGAAUGGUCUUGAAAUCUUGAAAAUUAGCAAUGAAGCUCGAAGCUUAGACGGGGUUAAUUCGGUUGAGAAUCUUGUUGUGUUUCCAAAAAAGAACAAGAAGACAGGUGUCAUUGUGGGAUUAAUUGUUGGGGUUUCAGCUGUUAUAAUUCUACUCGGUGUUUGCUUUUGUUGUGUGGUGGCCCGAAGGUCAAAAAUGAGCCACCCGAAGCCUUCAUGGCUCCCUCUUCCAUUACACGGAAACUCACUCACCAUGACAAAGAUGUCAACCGCGUCUCAAAAAAGCGCAACCGCAAGCUGCAUUUCAUUAGCUUCGUUUAUCUGUACAAGACCGGCUUUAAAUCCGGUUCUUCCGAGAGACCAAGUCAACAUUGCUGAAUGGGCGAUGACGUGGCAAAAGAAGGGAAUGUUGGAUCAAAUUAUGGAUGUGAAUCUUGUUGGGAAAGUGAAUAUGUCUUCUCUGAAGAAAUUUGGUGAGACUGCUGAGAAGUGUUUGGCUGAAUAUGGAGUUGACAGGCCUUCCAUGGGAGAUGUUUUAUGGAACUUGGAGUAUGCUUUGCAGCUUGAAGAGACUUCAGCAGCUUUAAUGGAACCUGAAGAUAACAGCACAAAUCAUAUACAAGGGAUCCCAUUUACUCCCAUUGAGCCCUUUGAACACAGCACAAAUGUAAAAGUGAGGUAUCAGAAGGAGAAGAUUGUGGAAUUUGAUGAAUCUCUGCAUCAUACUGCUCUUGAAAUAUUGGAAGGAGGGCCUUUGGAUCAUGGAUUUUCAUCAUACAUGUAUGGAUUUAAGUUUACAGAAGUAGGUGAAGGGGAGACACUGAUGGAAGUGAAGCUUGUGUAUGAGAAACCUUAA